CCGAGCCCGCCUUCCCGCCACGUGACGCCCCCGCGCCCUCCUCCCCUUCCCGCCCGGCUCCAUAUUGGUGCGGCGCGAGGCGAUCCCGGGCACAAAAUGGAGGUUUCCUAGAUCUAAAAAGAAAGGCUGAGUUAAAAUACCCUUCCAAAAUGGCUGCUAUUAAGGAAGAGAGAGAGGUGGAAGACUACAAGAGGAAAGGAAGACGAUCCUCACAGCAGAAAUACCGUAGACUGAAUAAGGGCCAUGAGCCGAAGGAGCCAGAGCAGUUGAGAAAGCUGUUCAUUGGAGGUCUCAGCUUUGAAACAACAGAUGAUAGCUUGAGAGAGCACUUUGAAAAAUGGGGCACACUCACGGACUGUGUGGUGAUGAGAGACCCCCAAACAAAACGUUCCAGAGGCUUUGGCUUUGUGACUUACUCUUGUGUGGAGGAGGUGGAUGCUGCCAUGAGUGCUCGACCACAUAAGGUUGAUGGGCGCGUGGUUGAACCAAAGAGAGCGGUUUCAAGGGAGGAUUCUGUAAAGCCUGGGGCACAUCUCACAGUAAAGAAAAUAUUUGUUGGUGGAAUUAAAGAAGAUACAGAGGAAUAUAAUUUAAGGGAGUACUUUGAAAAAUAUGGCAAGAUUGAAACCAUAGAAGUCAUGGAAGACAGGCAGAGUGGAAAGAAAAGAGGCUUCGCUUUUGUAACUUUCGAUGAUCAUGAUACAGUUGAUAAAAUUGUUGUUCAGAAAUACCAUACUAUAAAUGGACAUAACUGUGAAGUGAAAAAAGCACUCUCAAAACAAGAGAUGCAGACUGCUAGCUCUCAGAGAGUGAAAUAUUUUGUAGGUCGUGGGGGUGGCUCCGGCAACUUCAUGGGCCGUGGAAACUUUGGAGGCGGUGGAGGGAACUUUGGCCGAGGAGGAAACUUUGGUGGGAGAGGAGGCUACGGGGGUGGUGGUGGCGGUGGUGGGAGCAGAGGAAGCUUUGGGGGUGGUGACGGAUACAAUGGAUUUGGUGAUGGUGGCAACUACGGAGGUGGUCCUGGCUAUGGCAGCAGAGGAGGUUAUGGUGGUGGUGGAGGACCAGGAUACGGAAACCCAGGUGGUGGAUAUGGAGGUGGCGGAGGAGGAUAUGAUGGCUACAAUGAAGGAGGAAAUUUUGGUGGUGGUAAUUAUGGUGGUAGUGGAAACUACAAUGAUUUUGGCAAUUACAGUGGACAACAGCAGUCUAACUAUGGUCCCAUGAAAGGUGGUGGCAGCUUUGGUGGCAGAAGUUCAGGCAGUCCCUAUGGUGGUGGUUAUGGAUCUGGAAGUGGAAGCGGGGGCUAUGGUGGUAGAAGAUUCUAAAAAUGCUACCAGAAAAAGGGCUACAGUUCUUAGCAGGAGAGAGAGCGAGGAGUUGUCAGGAAAGCUGCAGGUUACUUUGAGACAGUCGUCCCAAAUGAAUUAGAGGAACUGUAAAAUCUGCCACAGAAGGAACGAUGAUCCAUAGUCAGAAAAGUUACUGCAGCUUAAACAGGAAACCCUUCUUGAUCAGGACUGUCAUAGCCACAGUUUGCAAAAAGUGCAGCUAUUGAUUAAUGCUAUGUAGUGUCGAUUAGAUGUACAUUCCUGAGGUCUUUCUCUGUUGUAGCUUUGUCUUUCUUUUUUCUUUUUAUUUUCCCAUUACAUCAGGUAUAUUGCCCUGUAAAUUGUGGUAGUGGUACCAGGAAUAAACAAAUCAAUGAUUUUUUAACUUUUCAAUAUUUGUGUAGUUCAGUUUUUCCACAUUUAGUACAGAGAACUAUAACAGAAAUAAAAUGUAGUUUAGGGUGUUUCCUUGUUAGUUAAUAGAGAAGAUUAAUGCAUUUCUCAAUUACAAUUUUGUAUUAAUUUAAAGUUAACAAUAGAAACACCUAUUGAUUUGCAGUCUUAAAGGGUCUAGUCUCAGUGUAUAUACGUAACUGUCAUUGACAUGACUUACAUAGGCAUACAGAGGGAAAAAUCUGUAUGUUGCAUUAUAGUUUGUUUAGAUGUAUAACUAGGAUUGAGUUACUCAAAUUAGUGUUUGUGAAUCAUAGAACUAAGCUUUACCUUAAUGAAAAUUUAAAAUUACUUUUUGGUUUGUGCAUAUUUUUUUAAUUUGUAGUUCUGUAUUAGUACUAGCGCUUCAAGAAAAUAAGGCAUGAUAAAUAUUUUAACAAGACCAACUUUAGACACGUGAAAGCUGUCUCCCGUCUCAUUUGAGAUGCAUAAGGGAUAACUGAAGUUGUUUAAAUCUUGGGUUAAGAGAAAAAGAAACUUGCUUUUUACCUUUAUAUUUAUUGUAAUUCCCGAGAAGUUAAGGUGGGGGGAAUCAAGUGCCUGUUUCCUUGGGAUAUACAAUGAAUCUGAAUGAUGUAUGAAAUGACUCAAGGCAUAAUCAGUCAUAUUAAUAAUGAGUUAUAAUUUUUAAAAAGUGGUAGAAAAAUGAGUGUGUUGUUUGAAAAAAAAAAUUAAACAUGUUAUUUAAACACUGUUAUUUGAGUGUAUUUAGACUGCAGUACACUAAAACAAGGAACCAGUGUCAAGAUGGUAGCCUCCUAAAUGGAUUUCAAAGUCUGCUGCUUAUUUUCUGUGGAGUUUUCAAAGAUUUCAAAAGUUAAAGCAAGAAUUGAUGGUUUAGUGAACGCUUCUGUUGUACAUAUUCAUUUGGGCUUGGGGUGGGAGGGGAGGCUGUACUUCAAUAAAGGCAUUUUUUAAACAACCCAUUUGGAGUUUGAAAACAUGGGAAACUAAACCACAGCUCACUAGGGAGUGAGACACCUACCAACUUGCUUUGUACGUUACUAUGCUCUAGAAGAUGUGUAGACUUGCACCUGGGGCUUGCAACUGAUUGCAGGGACAACUGGAGGAUGGGGUUGAUGUCCCUUCUGACAAUUGAUCCUGGUAUUUCUAAAUUUUUUUAGAAUGUAUUGACAGUGUUCUUUUUAACAGGGCCUCUUGUAGCUGUACUGUGACAACAAUGUUAACUUUGAAAAAUAGUGUCAUAAUAAACUUUAUGAACAAGA